AUGGAGUUCGAGAAUCGGUACGGGAUUGCUACGACGCAGAAGUACGACUGUCUCUUAUUCGAUUUGGACGAUACGCUUUAUCCUCUUAGCACCGGAAUUGCAAGAGAAUGUGGGAAGAACAUCAAAGAUUACAUGGUCGAGAAACUCGGUAUACCGAAGGACAAAAUCGUCGAAUUGUCUGAUCAUUGCUACAAAAACUAUGGAACAACAAUGGCUGGUCUUAGAGCAAUCGGAUAUGAUUUUGACUACGACGAAUACCACAGUUUCGUCCACGGUCGUUUACCUUACGACAACAUAAAACCUGACCCUGUUCUUCGCAGCCUCUUGCUUAGUCUCCCUCUCCGCAAAGUCAUAUUUACAAACGCGGAUAGAAUUCACGCGGCCAAGGCGUUGAAGAAGUUAGGAUUAGAGGAUUGUUUUGAAGGAAUCAUAUGUUUCGAAACGCUAAACCCGACAAACAAAAACGCUGCGUUUAGCGAUUCCGAUAUUUUUGACAUCGUUGGACAUUUCGACCGGUCUGAACCGGUUGGUUUACUUCCAAAGACGCCUAUUGUGUGUAAACCGUCUGAAUCCGCUAUCGAGAAAGCCCUCGAAAUCGCUAAUAUUGAUCCUAACCGAACGCUGUUCUUUGAGGACAGUGUCCGUAACGUAAAAGCUGGAAAACGCGUUGGUCUUCACACAGUUCUGGUUGGUAAGUCAAACAAAGUCAAAGGAGCAGAUUACGCUUUGGAAAACAUACACAACUUGAAAGAGGCGUUACCGGAGUUGUGGGAAUCCGACAGAAAGACGUCGGAGGUUGGAUAUUCCGGCAAGAUCGCCGUUGAGACAUCUGUUACAGCUUAG